CAGUUAAACAUGAUAAAAUAUAACCCACUCAAAUGAUAUACCACGGAUUCAUUGAAAACACAUGAGAUGUCCAGAUAUUUGUUUAUAAUUUCAUUAUCCCUUGUGAUACUGAUAUUAGUUCCCAUCAACUUCGCCGAAGUAGAAGUUCAAAAGGUCAAAAUGCCUUUCAAGGAGGCCGCCACUUGGUCAAGAAUGUUGGAUGGCAUGGGUCAACAGUCGCAUGUCCACAGACUAUAUAACGCCUAUCGCGAUCGUUUGAGAGUCGAGGGUGACGAUGCCGAUGGCGAGCCAAAAUUAAGUCCAAUGGAAUCGAAAGAUGUAGCUAGGAAAUUAACGGAGCCCAUGACCAUGGAAAAAGCCUCUUUAGAAGUUCCCAUUUUCUCCGAUGAAUGGACUAUUUCGCGUGGAAAGUCAAACGAAUCAAUUACUAAAGAAGAAGAUCGUCCCAUUAUCCAAUACGAUGCCACCGAUGAACAUUCAAAUCCAUCGGGAAAAUGCCUUGCCCGAUUUCCAAAUCUGAACAGCGAAAAUCAAAGUAUUUCAAUAAAACCAAAGGUUAAAACUCCACUGGUGGGUAGUAUGAUCAUCAUAAAAAUGGAUGUGCCAGAGAAAUUGCUAGGAGCUAAACCUCCGGAAAAGAUGAAGGAUCCCGGUGAACGCCGAAUAUUUGAACUCAAUCAGAUAUACAACGAGUUUUUGAAGUCCUGGCAACAGCCUGUCCAAAGUUUGACCCCCAAGACUGAAACGCUAAAUAAAAAUUCUGCGGGAUCUCAGAGAUUGAGUGCAUUGUUCGAAUUGAUGGAUGUGGUGGAGCGCCUUCAAAAAAGCGAUUUGGUUAAGGAAUUAGCUCAAAAGAUUAACGAGAAAAUGGAACCCAAUCUGCAGAGUCAAAUCAAGCAGGAUGCUCUUUUGGUAACCGAAAGUAGAGCCUCCCUAAGAGCCAUUAAAAAGAAUGAUCUCUCUGGACUUUUUGAAAAUGUGGAGCCCGGAAGCGCUUCCAAAGCAUUCAAGAGAAUGUUGGAUGACAUAAACUCCAGAAGAUCAACGAUCAAAGCUGGCGGACUUUACGACGAGUACAAGAAAGGUUUCUGUGAGUUAUUCAGCGAUCAUAAAUUUCCCAGGGAAUCGAUGAUAACCAGUGAAGCUGAUUAUCCUUUGGACAGCGAAAUGAUUCGAAAAAAUAAUGACAACUUUCCCUGUCGAUGUGAUAGCUCGAAACCGACCUCUAUAAUAAGUAAUCAAGCAAUUGCAAUUUCCAAACCAAAAAUAAACUAUUUAAAGGCCCUGGAAGCAUAUGUUAAAAUGUUCAAGGACAGUAACCAGAACGGCGCUGUUGUUCCGACUAAAGGUCCCAAAAUAAACGUAAACUAUAUGAAGGCCCUGGAAACCUUUAUUAAACUGAACAAGGAAAGUAAUGAAAACGGUGGCCUAAAGCCUUACUACUUGCCAAAUUCUAAAAAUCGUCAGCUUGUUUGGAAUGAUAUUCCAUUGAUUAAGCCAGGUCUAAGUGUAACCGCCAAGAAAAAUUUGGAAAUCAAGCCAAAGUAUGAACCCUCUUGCACUGCCAGCAAAGAAAAUGUGUUGCCUGAAAAGGAAUCCAAAAAAGAACAUAGAUUUAAAUCUAUUCCAAAACAAGACACUAAAAAUGAACAGUGUACUCCCAAAACUGAGACCAAAUCGGAGCAGUGUACUCCCAAAACUGAGACCAAAUUGGAGCAGUGUACUCCGAAAACGGAGACUAAAUUGGAGCAAUGUACUCCUAAAACGGAGACCAAAUUGGAGCAGAGUGUUCCAAAAAAUGAGACCAAAUUGGAGCUGGGUAACCCAAAAACGAGGACUAAAUUGGCGCAUCAAGAGGUUUUCUCAGGACUGGAUCCAAAGCAAAUUAUCAGCGGAUUGAAGGCCAUAAAACAAUCGUCCUUCUUCAACCUGGCUGAUGAGUAUCAGAAGCAAAUCGACAACCUAAAUCAGGCCUUAAAAACCAAGCAAAGUUGGUGGAAGGAGGUUGUGGAGCGGGGCAAAUCUCCUGUCAGAGCACCCAUGAAACGGAAUGUACCCAUGAAUAAUGCCCAAACUGGAGCUGCUAUGCCUUUGCCAUAUCCCGAGGUUCUGGUCAAUCGGGCACCACAAAUGGGUGUCAUUGAUAACAUGGCCUCUCAAAUGAAUCUUUCGCCCUUGGAGAUGGCUAAACGAAUUGUGGCAAAUGGUCAAAACUAUGCGCUCAAUCCAGGUGUACCAAGAGUCGGUUUUGUGCAAACUAACAUACAACCAGCAAGUCAGAUCGGAGGUAGCUUCAAGAAAGAACAAGGUAUCAUGUGCCAACAAGUGGGUCAGCCGUUACAACAACCUCAACAGCAACCAGAUUCCCAGGAGCAAACGGAGCAGAUGGGGAUUUCCCCGGUCUUAGACAAGAUACUCCAGCGUUUGGAGAACAUUCAGUCCACCAAACGCAAUCAGUCGUCGGAGGAGGAGACGGCAAAGGAACUGCCCUGCUGCUUUGUGGAUCCAGCUGAUGGUGCCCCCUGUGAACUGAACGGCUCCUGGGAAUCUCUUGUCCUGGGAGUUCGCAUUAACAUCCGAUCCAAUGCCACAACGACUGUGGAUGGGGAGGCAAAGGCAAAGGCCACCUGUUCGCAACACAAAGGGGGUCGUGGCCAUCGUAGAUUUGUGCGGCAGUGCGUCAAGAUGAACAAGAGUCAGUUGAAGGAUAUCGCAGAGGUGAAUUCCACCAAACCUCAUGGCGUGGUCCUAAGCAUUAGUGUGCAAGAGACAGUGCCGCCGAGAGCCCACGAUCUGCUGGAUAAUCUCACCGACUGGAGCUUCUCGGGCCAUGCCUCAAUGAUCCUCGGCGGACCGAUGUCGAUCUCCUUUCGCAAAGGGAACUCCAAUCUGAUUGGACACUUUGUUGGCUACUGUCGCACCUGCGGUUGCGUGGACACCAUUUUCGGGUCCUGGACCUUUUGUCAGCCCUCGCGGGAUUGUCAGGAUAUCUGCAUGUCGCUUGUGGAUCGGCGGGAUAUGCUGCGGAGAUACAGCAUGGAUGAGCGGCGCAUGAAUCGGUUCAAGGAGCAGCUCUACAUGAGCAGCAAAUUCGCAAAGAUGGAAAAAGAGCGACUGCGAUCCGAGCUGGAAAAGUCUCGUUGCCAAACUCAGGGUGAAGCUAGUGCGAAUAGUCCUAGUCCUUCUAAAAGUCAAAGCUGUUAAAAAUUUUAUUUUGAUUUCUUAUGUACUUUAAUAUUUU